AUUCUCCUGAUCAUAUGUGAAUCAUUUUUAAAAUUCAUGUCAGUGAAUAUUGGAAAGGUUUAUCUUGUGAAUGGACCUAACGAUAUUAAAAUUCCAGCCUCUGUGAUAGAUAUCAGAAGUACUGUCGAUUUGAAUGGCACACCUAUAAACGAAUACUAUAUGCAUUAUAAAAACUGUGAUCAUCGACUAGAUAAUUGGGUUAAAGCAAAUCAAAUAGAUCUUGAUUCUGGCAGUCAAUUAUCAUUUGAUGAAAGUCAUAAUGUUUUAGAUGGAGUUAAAAACUAUACAGAUGAAAGAUUAACUAGGCUUCAAAAACGUAAGAAAUGUGUUGAAGAUAUUCAAGUUAUAGAACCUUUUGAACAAAAUUCAUUGGAGUCUAAAAAAUUUAAAUUGAUCAAGCCUCAAAUUAAAUCUAUAUCAUAUAUUCAAUUUGGUCAAUAUGAAAUUGAAUGCUGGUAUAUGUCAAAAUAUCCAGAGGAUACUUCCCCUCAAACACAAAAUACUUUUAAUAAUUUGACUUGGGAUAAAUUAUGGAUAUGUCAGUAUUGCUUGCGAUAUAUGAAAUACCAAGCUAAUUUUAUAAAACAUAAAAAUGAAUGCCCACAUAGACAGCCACCAGGCAUAGAAAUUUAUCGCAAAGGACACAUUUCUGUUUAUGAAGUUGAUGGAAAGAUAGAUACGUUGUAUUGUCAAAAUCUUUGUCUGAUGUCCAAGUUGUUUCUCGACCACAAGGCAGUUUAUUUUGACGUGGAACCUUUUUACUUUUACGUGCUAACAUUCGUUAACAAAGAAGGCGCCCAUCUAUUGGGAUAUUUUUCAAAGGAGAAAGCUUCUAUUGACGGAAAUAAUUUAGCUUGCUUGUUAGUCUUGCCGCCUUUUCAAAAAUGUGGACUGGGCAAUUUUCUAAUAUCAUUAAGUUACGAACUUUCAAAAUUGGAAGGUAUCGUUGGUCGUCCAGAAAAACCUCUAUCGGAUCUUGGCGUCGCAUCUUACAAGAAGUAUUGGUGUAUAACUUUACUUCAAACCAUCAAAUUACACGGGAAGAAUAUAUCCAUAAAAGAUCUCAGAUUAAUCAGGGUUCCUUUGAAUAAGCAAGAAAGACCACGUAGAAGUUUGUUUAAUGCCAAAUUAAUCAAGGAUGUCUACCUAAAGAACAUUUUCCAACAAAGAUUUCAACAUCUUAAAACUAUUGAUGGCAUUUACAAUGAUAUUAUUAAAUAUGAUGCUAUGCAUGAUGGAAGAAAUAAUAAAUAUUUUCUUGACAGAGAUCUUAAUAACGUAGAUGAAGGAACUUCUGAAUAUUUAACAAAUUAUUUAGAUGCUCAAUACUAUGGGUUUAUAACAUUAGGAACACCACCACAGAAGUUUAGUGUUGUUUUUGACACUGGUUCAGCCAAUCUUUGGGUUCCAUCUAAAUUCUGCUCUCUUCUAGAUAUAGCUUGCUAUAUCCACAAUAAAUACGAUCAUACAAAGUCUAAAACCUAUGUUAAAAAUGGAACUGAAUUUAAGAUUCAAUAUGGAACAGGUGCUUUGUCUGGCUAUCUCAGCACUGACGCUCUCAAGAUUGGUUCUACAGACUCAACGCCUAUCAUCGUGUCUAACCAAACAUUUGCUGAAGCUCUCAAACAACCAGGGCUCACUUUUGUAGCCGCUAAAUUCGACGGAAUUUUGGGGUUGGCUUUCAAGCGAAUAGCGGUCGAUGGAGUGAUGCCUGUUUUCGAUAAUAUGAUUGGUAGUUCUAUUCUGGAACGUCCAGUUUUUUCCUUUUAUCUCAAUAGAAACGUGGAUUCCAAGAUAGGGGGCGAAAUGAUUUUAGGUGGUAGCGACCCCGAAUUUUAUCAAGGAGAAUUCACUUAUGCUCCCGUAACUAGGGAAGCUUAUUGGCAAAUAGCUGUUGACAAGGUAUACAUAAACGGUGUCUCAAAGACUUUUUGCAAUGGUUGUCAGGGCAUAGUGGAUACGGGAACAUCUCUCAUGACAGCUCCUUCGGAAGUUAUCAAAGAAAUCGCGGAUUUGGUUGGCGCCAAAAAGUUUGUAGGAGAGUACAUCGUGGAUUGCAACACAAUUAAGGAUAUGCCGGAUAUAGCGUACACGAUAUCCGGAAAGAACUUUACCUUAACUUCGGAAGAUUACAUCCUUAAAGAAAGUUCUAUGGGAACUCGCAUAUGCAUUUUAGGCUUUUUGGGGCUAGAUGUACCUGCCCCUGCAGGACCUUUAUGGAUUUUGGGAGAUAUUUUUAUAGGAAAAUGGUAUACCGAGUUCGAUGCCGGAGAAAAGAAGGUUGGGUUCGCUCAGGUCAAAAAUCCUGAAAAUCGAUAUUAGUUUUUUAUUCCACAUACUUUAAAAAAAAUACAAUACAUUAUAUAAAUUUAUUCUAAUUGACACUUUUUUUUCAUUUUACUAACUUUCUAUUUGUAUUUUCUGAAAUAAGGGGUAUUAUUGAAUAGCUCCUAUUAACUGUUGCAAAAUAUAUUACAUCCCAUCUUCGAAUUUAUUUAGAUUUAAUACAUAUUAAAUUUUAAUAAUAGAUAUAUUAUUAUUAUAUUUGUCGAAUAUCUUUUCCAGUUUUCACACUUGCAUAAAGUUUAACCUAAUGAUAUCAUAUUCCCAAAACAAUCGCAUACUGAUAUAUAAACCAAUUUAAAAAAUCUACAUAUUAUUAUUAUCUAGUAUUUUUAUGAAAAAUUUUUUUAAGGAAACUAAUAUCAAUUAAGUGGAUACAUUAUACAUGACUGAAUAAAUCCAGUCAAAUCAACUUUCAAAUUUAAAAAUUGCCCUCAGCGUAAAAUAUAAAAUUGAGAUUCAGAAUCCACAUGGCUUCCUUCCAAUACGUCAUAUAUUUGUUAAAAUUAAUUUUUAUAUUUAUCAAUAUAGUUUUUAAAAAAAAAGAAUGUGAUAAUAUAUUUAUUUAUACUUUUUUUUAUACUUUCCUGAAUAUUUAUCAUGCCAAAUUAAUAAUUAAAAUGUAUAAAUUAUAAUCAUCGCAUAACUAGUUUUAUUAUUCUAUGCAUGUUAUUUAUGUAUUGUAAUGCUUAUAUAUACAAUAAAUAAUAAAUAAUCAUAUAUUUUAUAA